AUGGAAGCUACAGCCCAACGAGACAUGGAAGCGAACGCAAACGCAACCCAUGCAGCCACCACAUCUUCUUCCUCCUCUUCGUCGUCCACAUCUUCCUCCUCCUGCCUCAUCAAUGCCGCGCCACAAGAGGUGCCCAAGAGCUCCAAAACCACGAACAAGCGGAAGCGAGCCUGUUCGCCGGAUUCCCAGGAAGUAGAAGCCAAUGGCAGUACCGGCCACCAAGGCGAGGAGAGCAGCAGCUGCUGCAGCACCGACGAUAACGCGGUGGCGAGCGGCGGCAACAAGGCCCAGGCGGCGGCGGGGGCUGGCGGCGCCGGGUCCGGCAGCCGGAGCGGGUACAAGCACCCGUCGUACCGCGGCGUGCGGCGCCGGAGCUGGGGCAAGUGGGUGUCCGAGAUCCGGGAGCCCCGCAAGAAGUCGCGCAUCUGGCUGGGCACCUUCCCCACAGCGGAGAUGGCGGCGCGCGCGCACGACGUGGCCGCGCUCGCUAUCAAGGGCCGCGCCGCGCACCUCAACUUCCCGGACCGCGCCCACGAGCUGCCCCGCCCGGCGUCCACGUCCCCCGCCGACAUCCAGGCCGCGGCGGCCCAGGCUGCCGCCGCCGCCGAGGUGCAGUGCGACGCGCCGCCAUCGCCGUCGCCGUCUUCGUCUGCAGAGCUGCCGUCCUCCCCCGCGGCCGACGCGUCGCCGGAAGCUGCCUGCUGCCCCGAGACGACGACGGCGCACGGCGGCGACGGCGGGCAGUGCCAGGACAACGCGCUGUUCGACCUGCCGGACCUCCUCCUGGACCUGAGGGACGGGCUGUGGUGGCCGCCGGUGUGGCCGGCGGCAAUGGCCGGCGAGGAGUACGACGGCGGCGACGGCGUCGGGAUGCACGAGCCGCUCCUGUGGGCGGAGUAGUUGCCACUCGCCUUACCUUUUCUACGCACUUUCGAGUAUUCAAUAGAUACCACACUAGCUAUAGUAGUAGUAUACAUCUAUCUUCCAAAAAAACAGAGAAAAAUUGGAAAAAGAGAUACCACCAGACCGUAUGUUUACUUAUUCUUUAUCUUAAAUUAGCAGUGCUUGUGCUUGAUUUGGCCA